UCCCAACUAAAAACACGGGCUGCCCUGCGAUUGACUGGCGACCAGUCCAGGGUGUACCCCGCCUCUCGCCCAAAGUAAGUUGGGUUAGGCUCCAGCAUACCCCCGUGAGCCUAGUGAGGAUUAAGCGGCAUGGUAAAUGAAUGAAUGAAUGAAUGACUGAAUGAAAACACGGGCUACUGUUGUGGCUGAAACCCACGCCAAGCUAAAACUCAACUCCGGAACCCUGACAAACACUUCCUGUCCACCCUCCACUCAGCUCCCCUAGGGAAUACAUUUAUAGCAACACAAACGAGCAUGAGUCUUAUUUUUGUCUCAAAUCUUAAAUGGCUUAUUUACUGUUAUUAUGUCUACUACAUUGGGGAGUACGAGUGUAAAGGUGACUAUAGGAGUGUUAGUUCAUGUCUAGAGGGCUCCAAUAAUGUUAAAAACAUGGAGUUAGAAGAUCACAAACAGGUUUUUUAUGUUCUAACUAUGAAUAUUCUAUUUACAUAUCAGGAAUCCUACUUCAUGAACAUUCACUUCUGGGAUUACCGAGGGAUUACUGUAUACCUGUUUUCCUGUUCCUCCCCGAAUCUCUGCACUCCUUCUAUCUCAACCCAACCGGUCGAGACAGAUUUAGUUCGGUCGGGUCUGGGUUCUGUUGGCAGUUUCUUCACGAGAGGGAGUUUUUCCUUGUCUCCUUUGCCAAGUGCUCGCUCAUUUGUGAUUCUUUAAUGUAUAUGGAGUGUCAUUUGUCGCCGGCUCCAUGUGUAAAAGUGCCUUGAGACAACUUCUGUUGUGAACUGGCACGAAAAAAAACUUGACUUUAUACAGGAGGCCCUUGGUCUACGUACAGCAGACGUUCCUACGACAGCGUUUUAAGUCCAGUUUUAGUGUAAAGCCGGAGCGUAUACCUCAAUUAACACCUACGUCACUCACACUGUACAGAACUUACGAAGGACAGAUAGAAAAAAUUACAUACUUCCUCUGUGUAGCGAUUGGCGGCUCUGUAUUCUUCUGCCAGUGUUUCCCAUAGAGUCAUUCAUUGUGGUGGGAGUGCCACAAAUAAAUUGGACCACCACAAAAACAUUUGGUGCCACCGGUUCGCCCUUGCGCAUAAACGCAUUAUACUUUAAUGUAUCAUGUACUGUAAUAAUGUACUGUGUCUGUGAAUGUACCUUGUUUCAACGCUAUGCAGCAGGUCGUAUGCAUUGUAACGCCACUUCUUUAAAGGAAAACUGCAGUUUUUUGGGAAUUUUGAACACACGUCUUUUUCUUUUAUGUGCUUUCUAAAGAUAUCAAAACAGCUAAAAAGAGGCAGCUCAUUACUGCACGUAAUGGGACACACCUACAAUAUGCCGCCUACAAAGGCCGCUAUUAAAACACCUCCAAAAACCUCUAACAAGGCUUUAUGGCUUUAUAUACAUGCUGUAACCAUGUAGUAACAGGUACAUUCUUGAUAACAUGUAGUACUUACAGUAUUUUGCCGUAUUUUGCUCCUUCUAAGGUGUUACAACUUCCUUCCUGGGUGCAUUGAUUUCACAUAGCAACAUAGAAACGAACGCUACACAGAGCGUUAACUUUUCCAAACUCAAAAAUAAAAACACAGCAGCAGUGGCAGCAGCUCCGAUAUGUAGCCUUACCUUUUUGGUAGUGAUCUGAGGCAUGCUGCGGUCGCCGCUGUAGCUGGAUUUCACACACUAUUCCAGUCUGCUCGAAGCCCCGGAACCCGCCACACUUGGUGGAGCAUCACUGGGCAUGCUUCCAGGCGGAACAUUUUAGCUGGGAUGCUGCUCUGGAUGUCAGGGCAAUCAGGCUGGAGAGGGGCCAGUGACACCUCGCUGUUCGUCUUUGAGCCAUCAUGGGGCGGCAGUGGCAGGGAGGCAGGCCGGGGUGCGCGAAGCCCCUGGCUGAUGCAGGCAUGUGUCAACAACAUGAUCAAGUUUGAAUGCAUGGUGCAGACCUUUUUGAUAUCUCCGAUUUGAUAUGUAACUUUUGUUUUCUUGCAAUAGAGCAGGCUUUGUAAUCUUGGUGGUAUUUUUAUGUUUUUUAUUGAAUAAUUGGGAACAUACAGUAUACAGUUGGAGCGUUCAGAUGAUGCGGUGUAAGGAAAUGACAAAUCAAUAAUUUUAUGUUAUGAGGAGAGGUUUUCCUUGUGAGAGCUACUUUUACAAAAUGAAAAUGGCCAAGAGCUACUCAUUUUUGUAACAUUUAUUUUCAGAGCUUAUUUUAAACCCAAACAAAGCGAAUAUGCUUGUUUUACCAGAACAUGAACAAAAUGCUGGUGUCCACAACUCACAUUUUGUAUUUCAGAAUGCAUUUCUUUCUACUGUUCUUUCAUUAUUAACUGAAAACCUGAAUGAAAAGCAGGCUUGCGGGCACCUCGUGGUCGUGGGGGGCUACCUGGUGCCCACGGGCACCACGUUGGUGACCCCUGGUAUAAACCUUACAGGUGAGCUUAAUUUGAGCCUCUCUUAUUUUGAAUGCACACGUCCAACAUGUUAAUAUUAACGCACACUUGCUGUUCUCUAACAUAACAGUUGCACUUAUUCCUAACUUUUUGUGAGUACUCUAUUACCAUUGCAUUAAUGAAAAAAUGGUCUCAAAAUAAUGUUGACAAUAAUAUUGUUUAUUGGUAAUAAUUUGUAGGACAAUUAUUGUCCAGCAAAAUUUGUUAUUGUGACAGGCCUAUACAUGACAGUACCACUGUACGUCAUAACAUGAAGAUCGCAUGGACAGCUCUUGUAUUGUUCAGGUGUAGCCUAUGUAAUGCACAAGUGUAUCAGUCAUUGUUUUUGAAAUGAUGACCCUUCAAUUUUACAUUCAAGUUAGACUGAAACAUACUGCUUGUUUUGAUUGCUGCCAGCAAAAUAUAUCAUGAUAAUGCUUCUGGUUUGAGUGCCAAAUGAUGACAGACAGUAAAAUCAGUGUUUGCAUGCACAAUAGAGUAAAGACAGGAUUGUAUGGAUGAAACACCUGACAAAAAGCAUGCAAGAGGCUCUUUAAACAUAAACAGGAAUGUAGUGCAGUGUACAUACAGUAGUUGUGGUUGCAUGUUAUGUUUUAUGUGUGCAUGUCUGUGCAACACUGUGCCCUGUUGUGCACGUAGGCAAGUAACAGCACACCACGAUGGCUGCAAUUCCAAAGUCAAUUGCGCCUUAAUGAGGACUACUUCCCUUAAAGGAGGAGGGAACUUGUGAGACUAAUGAGGGAAGAGGAGGAGUGAGUAUGCAGUAUAUACAUUAAAGCAAACAGAGUUCUUUCGAGGGCAGGCGUCAAAACAUGUCAGGACUUCUGGGUGCUGCUGGGCUGUGUCUGCGUGGAGCCUGCGCUGCGCUUUUACGCACAGCUCUACUUCUGGCAAGAAAGACCCAGAGCUAUCCUAAUAAUCUUGUCCGGUCCCUUAUGUUCAUGUUUGUGAUGCUGCUCACCUCCUCGGUUCUGCCGGUGCAUGGUCACCCUCAGUGCCUGGACUUUGAGCCUCCUUUCCAGCCCCCCUGGCACCUGGAGUUCUGCGGCCAGUAUGAGGAGUUUGGCUGCUGCGACCAGAAGACUGACAACCAGAUAGCAGAGAGGUACUGGGACAUUAUUGACCAGCUGGAAGUGGCGGGGCAUGACCUCUGUGAGGACAGCUUGAAGGAAAUCAUGUGCCAGGAGUGCUCUCCAUACGCCGCCCACUUGUAUGACGCCGAGGACCCCCACACGCCCGUCAGAGAGCUUCCUGGCCUCUGUUUCGACUUCUGCUCGGAGUUCCAUAGCAAAUGUGGCCAUGUGGUCAAGUACCUAACGGGCAACCAACUGCUGCAGGACACCAGCGAGCGGGACAUGUCCACAUUCUGCAGCAUGGUGGACCUAUCCGACCAGGACUACUGCUACCCCAACGUGCUGAAGAGCACCGAUCUCAACAGCAACCUGGGCCAGGUGGCCAAGGCCCCCGGGGGCUGUCUCCAGCUGUGCCUGACGGAGGUGGCCAACGGCCUAAGGAACCCGGUGCUGAUGCUGCACAGUGGUGAUGACACGCACCGCCUGUUCAUUGCCGAGCAGGUGGGUUUUGUUUGGGUGUACCUGCGUGACGGCAGCCGCCUGGAAAGCCCCUUCCUGGACAUGAGUGGCGAGGUGAUGACCACGCCUUGGCCAGGGGACGAAAGGGGCCUCCUGGGCAUGGCCUUCCACCCUGCUUACCGCGACAAUGGACGCUUUUUCAUCUACUACUCGAUUCAAGUCAACAGCAAGCUGGAGAAAGUCCGAGUCAGCGAGAUGAGGGUGUCUGUAAGUGACAUGAAUAUGGCUGAUCCUUACUCAGAGAGUGUCAUUUUAGAGAUCGAGGAACCCGCUGCCAACCACAACGGAGGCCAGCUGCUCUUUGGUCCGGACGGUUAUUUGUACAUCUUCACCGGAGACGGCGGCAAAGCAGGCGAUCCGUUUGGGAAGUACGGAAACGCGCAAAACCGAAGUGCCCUGUUGGGGAAAGUUCUCCGCAUCGAUGUGGACGGUAGUGAUGUAAGAAGCCGGAAGCAGUACAGGAUUCCCAAAGAUAAUCCCUUUCUGGCCGACCAGGAUGCUAGACCUGAGGUGUACGCUUACGGGGUCAGGAACAUGUGGAGGUGCUCAGUGGAUCGUGGGGACCCCACAAGCCGCUAUGGCCAUGGACGAAUAUUCUGUGGGGAUGUGGGUCAGAACCGCUAUGAGGAGAUUGACAUCAUCGUGAAGGGCGGGAAUUAUGGAUGGAGAGCUAAGGAAGGCUUUGAGUGUUACGACAUGAAACUGUGCCACAACUCGUCCUUGAAUGACAUCCCGCCUAUACACGCGUACAGCCACCAUGUCGGCAAGUCUGUGACGGGCGGAUACGUCUACAGGGGCUGUGAAUCACCCAAUCUCAAUGGCCUGUACAUUUUUGGAGACUUCAUGAGCGGGCGCAUCAUGGCCUUAGAGGAAGACAAGGUGACAGGAAGCUGGAAGGAGAGGAGUGUCUGCAUGGGGGACACCAAGACAUGUUCCUUUCCUGGUCUCAUCAAUCAUCACCACAAGUUCAUCAUCUCCUUUGCUGAGGAUGAAGCAGGGGAAAUGUAUUUUCUGGCCACCUCCUACCCAAGUGCCAUGUCGCCGACUGGGACGGUCUUCAAAUUCAUGGACCCAUCCAGACGAGCUCCCCCCGGAAAAUGUAAGCAGAAAUCUCUGACGGUCAAAGUUAAAGGCAAAAAGCUCCCUUUUGUCCCCCAGGAACUGACCGUGAUGGACACCAAUGAAAAACCAACGAGGCCACCACAAAGAACAUUCAAAGUCACCAAUAAACCAUCGAGCAGUCGAGGCAGACCGACGAUGGCCAAGACGACCACAGCGCACAGAGCGGGCACGGAGAGCAAGGCUAAGUGGAAGUCACCUGUGGAGAAUCAGUUAAAGCGAGUGAAAAAAGGCAAAAUGUUAAACAAACAUAAGAAGAAGGCACCUCCGAGGAAAGGUGCAAAGAAACAAUCGAAACUCACUACUGCGAAAGAAAUUCAACCAAAGAACGCUCAGAAAAACACAGCCUUGCCAAAGGAUAAGAACCCUUCUAGGAAAAAUGUCCCAAAUGUGAAAAAGACACAAAAACAAGUCACAAAGAAUAAAUCCAAAGCAUCUGUGAAAGAGAAAAAUCAGGGAGUUAUUAAUAAAAGAACCAUGAAUGUGAAAAACAACACAAGAAAACAAGUUAAAGGCAAGAAAGGUAGCAAUGAUUUUCUUUUUUGAAUGACUGAGACAUUAUAUGUGUAUUUAUUUUUAUAUCUUUUGGUGCUUAAAAGGGGCCCUUUUCAGUCUUACACGUUUCAAAUGUACGCUUUUCACAGUUGCGUACCUCUUCAGAUAUUUGACUUGAAAUCAUGUACCCCCUACUGCUGCACACUUAAAAAACAUAAAUAAAUUGAAAUAUUAAGCAUGAUUAAUUGUUAAGUAAUUCCAGUUCAAACAUGUGUAUUUUGCAUGGUCAGAUUUUGAUAAAUGAGCAUGAUAUACAUGAGCACUGAUAAUAGAUGUCUAUUUCUC